AUGGAGCCCGACGGCGCAGCGCCGAUGCAAGUCGAGUCCGCGGCGGACAAAAACCCUAACUCGGAGCUCCCUCCCAAAUCCAGAGAAGAAGGCGAGCUCUCUUCGGAUGAUAAUGACGAAAAUCCUGUUCUCUCGGUUGCACGUUCCACUGGUACUACAGGGCCCAUGCUGGUGAACAAAUUCACCCAUGGGAAUCAAGUGGGGAAGGCUGUAUCUCCUGCAAGCUCUGCUGAUAUUCAGUGCCAAACCUCCAAGCAACCUACUUCCCAGAAGAGCAAUGAUGCGAACAGAGUACCAACACCUGGAUGGCGUCCUCCACGUGCCCACUCGGGGCCCAACAAUAAUCUUGUGAUAAGCUUCUCAGACGAUGACAGUCAGAGUGAUUCUGAAGAAAAAGAGCGUGGGAAACUAAAAGCUUUACAAACUAAAAGUAAUAUGGCUUGA